GUGCGCCCCCAAAAAAUAGUUUUAAAACGAGGCCGAUUGAAGAUGAUGCAUGAUGUUUCAAAACAACCCAUUUUUUACAAAUCGUCACCACAGAAAUGUCACAUCAAACAGGAAUUCAAGCUUCCGAAGAUUUAAAAACGUUUUUUUCACAAGUUAAAGAUGGAAACACCCGUUUAAUGAAAAUUGGAAUUGAGAGUGAGGAAUUGAUUUUGUUAGAUCAAAGAGAAGCAUCUGGAACAUGGGAGGAAGAUUAUGAUACUUGUAUAUUAAGUGUGGUGGAAGAGAAGAAGCCCUGUUAUUUAUUUUAUCGACUUGAUUCUAAAAACUCUCAAGGAUAUGAAUGGCUGUUUAUUGCAUAUUCCCCUGAUGAUUCCCAGGUACGGCAGAAAAUGUUGUACGCUGGUACGAGAAGCACCUUAAAACAACAAUUUGGAGGUGGUCAUAUAACAGAAGAAAUAUUUGGAACACACAAGAGUGAUAUCAACUUAGCUGGGUAUCACAAAUAUAAAGAAACAAAAGCAGCUGAUGCACCAUUUACAAUGGCUGAAAUGGAAUUAAAAGAAGUGAAACAACAACAUCUAAAUGCAUCUUCAAGCACCAAAGCAUCCACUCUACCAGGAGUUAGUUUUCCCAUUGAUGACGCUGCUAUCAAUGAAUUAGUUCGUAUUGCAAAGAAAGAGGUGUCAUACGUUCAACUGUCUAUAGAUAUUACAAAAGAGAUAAUCAACUUGGAAAAAACAUGCGAGUUAGAAGUCGAUCAGCUAGCCGGUGAAAUACCAACAGACAAACCUCGUUACCACUUCUUUUUAUUCAAACAUACACAUGAAGGGGAUUAUUUAGAGUCGAUAGUUUUUAUUUAUUCCAUGCCUGGAUAUUCAUGUUCUGUGAAAGAAAGAAUGUUAUAUUCAUCAUGCAAGGCUACGUUAAUAUCAGGCUGUGAAGAUGUUUUGAAAAUGGAGAUAGCGAAAAAGCUUGAAAUAUCAGAAGGAAGUGAACUAACAGCAGACUUCCUACAAGACGAGAUUCAUCCACAGAAGAACAUACACAGACCUAAAUUUGCCAAACCCAAACCACCAGGUGGAAGAGGAGCGAAACGAAUGAUUAAAAAAACGAAUGAUGAAGAAAAUCCAGAAUAGAUUUAUUUUUAUAUUGCCUAAUUUUUUUAUAAUAAUUCCUGUAAUUAAAUUCGUUAAAUGACUUGUGACAGAGUAAUCUUGACUCGCUGCUUUCUGUUAUUCUGAAUAUGUAUUUGGAUACUAACAGCAUGGGUACUAGCAACAUGGGCACUUAUCGGUUUAUAGUCGGCCCUUAUUCUCGUCACUUGCUUUAAAUUUAUGAAAAAGAGUGUUGAUGUUUUAGUUUUUUUUUUUUUUAGUAUUUCCCAAAUCGAGGAGAAAUUUAAUAGUUUUGUCUGUGGUUUUGUAUAGAGUUGUUAUUCCCAAUUUUUGUCAUUCAAUACAAUUACAAAAUUCUUAGUAAAAAGCUAGUUUACUACACCAAAUAUAUUCCAUGUUUCGUACAAAACAGUUUUG